AAUGUAAAUAAGUAGUAAACGGAAGUGAAUAGUGAUCAAGAACAAUUUUCACGUUAGCGUUUUUGUUUUGUUAUUUAGACAUUUAUUAACACCCUGGAACUCAAUGCGAUUCAUUUUGACUGCAAAACAUCACAUGCUUAACUCGGGUAGUCUUUAAUUCACGUUGGAGACAGGACUUGGUUGAUAGAUGUUAUCUAGGUAACGCUAGCUAGCUGCUAACGUUAGUUAACAAUGGCAAACGGUAUGGUUUUUCACACUCAAAUAGCCUCGAUUAUGGAGGUGCUAGCGAAUGCAGCCGUGGCAGAGAUCUGUAAAGUCGUAGACGACGACUAUGCAGUGUUUCGUUUGGAAAUGUCUCAAAGCCAAAAAGAAAACAGGGGAUUGCGAAGGAAACUACAGCUUCUGGAACUGAAGGUGGCACGGGAGCGCGCAGAGAGGACAAUACGAGAGCGCGUCCUCGCCAGUCGUCCCAGUAGUGUCAAGAUCCUCGAUCGAUACAGAGGAACGGCAAGAGGUGAAGGACAUCUCACUGGAGGCCACAGGAGCUUUGUGAAGCCAGCAGGACACAAUACAUGGAGAGAUGAUCAACCAAUCACUGUUGAUGAGGGGAGUGGAACCUCAACCCAGCAUGUUAUCGUGAUAGAGUCUGCAGAUGCAGAGCCUGCAGGUCCUGAAGGAUCGUCUCUGGUCAAGAAGGAGAGGACUGAAGCAGAGAACCCAUGGCACAGUGGAGACAUCCAGACUGGAGCAGUGGCUACAGUGGCACCUCCUGUAGCCACGGAGGACCUCACGACUGCCUCCUCGCCCAAGCCCAUGACCGGAUGCAGCAUCACGGAGGUCAGUGGAGCGCCGAACGCCGUCCUCAAGUCAGAGACAGACACCGAGACUUUAACUGUAACACAGAGGCUCUUACACACAGGAUCUGACCACAGAUCAGACCCAGACAGACUGGGGCUGGGGAAACUGGGCUGUCCUGCUCCUGGCUCAGAGUAUUUACCGGUAUUUCACCAGAGCCAGAGGAUGGUUUAUUCCCGUGGGGAUGGUGACGCGUUACACUCUGGCGGUGAUGAUCCGUCUUGUUCUUACUCUACAGAGAUGGACCCUGGCAACAUAUCCUUGGGUUUAGAGACACAGACUGAUCUGUCUAGAGGGUACUGGAACGGGUACAAUAGUAGUGUAUACUCUGAAGGGUGCCUAGAUAAGAAAGGGGAGGUUACAGUGGUAGAUGAGGUGUCUGUGAAAGUGGAGGGUGACGCUCCUCUGACAUGGAAUGUAGAAGGACACUCGCAAGGCAGAGAUUUCUUAGAUUACAGGGGAAUCUUAGAGACAAAUCAAAAUGUCGCCACCAACUCCCCUUUACACGCUUUCAGGGACCGCGACCCAGUGUCCACAUCAAUGGCACCUUCCGAUUCACAUGGCUGUGUCCUUUUUGAUCAGGUAUUGAACUCAGAGGACCAAAGGGCCAAGGUGUGGGGAGGGGGACCAACUUCAGGCAAUAGUCAAGAUAAACGGUUCUUCUGCAUGUUCUGCAACAAAGGCUUCAGCUGCCCCCAGAAGGUGGAGAUCCACCAGAGGGUCCACACAGGGGUGAAACCCUUCAGCUGCCCCCAGUGUGAGAAGAGGUUUUCCCAGUCUGGUGACCUGAAGAGACACCAGAGGGUCCACACAGGGGAGAAACCAUUCAGCUGCCCCCAGUGUGAGAAGAGGUUCUCUCUGGCUGGCAACCUGAAGAUGCACCUGAAGGUCCAUAAGGGAGAGAGACCGUUUGCCUGUACACACUGCGGGAAGAGGUUCUCAGAGAGGAGCUACCUCAGGCUACACCAGCAGAAAAAACAUUCUACUCUAUAACAUAGAAAAUAACCAUUCCACUCGAUAGCUUCUGACAUUUAGAUCAAGCCCUGCAUAAAGACAAAGAUCUUUUUUUUUUUUUUUAAGAUCCACAGAUGCAUUUGGAAUAACGAGACUAACAGAUUUCAGUGUUUACUAUUCCUGGGUAGAAUAUUGCAUACAGACGUUGUGUGAUGUAUAAGGCAUACACUAAGUGUACAAAACAUUAGGAACAGCUUCAAUUCGUCUUUCCCAUUGACCCUCAAUGGCACACAUACACAAUCCAUGUCUUGAGGCUUGAAAAUUAUUCUUUGACCUGUCUCCUCCCCUUCAUCUACACUGAUUGAUGUGUAUUUAAGUAAGGAGUCAUAGCUUUCACCUGGUCAGUUUGUCAAGGAAAGAAUGAGUAUUCCUAAUGUUUUGUACAUAGUAUAUAAGCUUAAAAAGACUGUUAUAUAUUGUGUUUGUACUCUGCUAUAUGAUGUUCAGAAAUGCCUAUUUCAUUACUACCAUUCAACUACUAUUUUUCCCCCAGAUACUAUUAAUGAGAAAAUGAAUGGAGUGUAUCAAGUUCAUGCAGGUUUUAGCUGAGACAUUACAUUUAAGUAAUUUAGCAGAUGCUCUUAUCCAGAGCGACUUACAAUUAGUUAAUUAAUCUUAAAAUGGCUGGGUGAGAACCACAUAUCAAAGUCGUAGUAAAUCAGAGCUCGACAUUUAGGGGGAAAUGCACCCACAGAUUUCGCCUCGCUCUUUGGCUUACUCCCCAAGAAAUGCUGGCGGCCAUGACAGAAGCCGAAUGUAAGUUGGCUUGGGGGUGUAUUUUUAUGUGGGUGUUUCUUGGCUGUGUCCUUGACCUUUUCAUUGUCAUUCCCAGCCAAUACUGAUACUCUGCCUAUCUGCAUUUUGUCUGGUGGUAAUGGGGCUGCCUUGGCAAACAUGUUAGUGGUCAUACCUUCCUGUGUGGUGUCCCGUAUACAACAGGAGUUCCCUGAUCCUGGUGCAGAAUACACAGGGUUUCUCCCUCCACAUAUUGACUGAUAGCAUUCAAUUCAAUAAUAAAAGACAAUACAAGUAAAA